AUGAUCUUGUCGGGUAUGCUACCUUACAAAACUGGCGACUGGCGACUUCUGUACAGAGCUUCUCGAGACGGCUUCGAGGCAGAAUCGUUCCACUUAAAAUGCGACUACAAAGGUCCAACAGUAACGGUUGUGAAAAGUGGAAACUUCAUAUUUGGCGGAUUUACUGAAGCAGCAUGGAGGAGUCCGCGUAAGUAAAAUUACGUUGUCUUCUUGAAUAGUACAAUAACUGUAAUUGUUUGUCGAGGUCUUUUAAAGUGGCCAUAUUAACUCUUACCGCAGUCCAUUUUAAUGAACCAAGAAUCGAUUUCCUUUGUAAUCGAAGUUAAGCCAAACUGACAAUGAAAAUUUAAUGUUGAUAAAUAACUACGACACACUUAUGAAUACUUACACGUUAUACGUGGGAAUAACGCCGCACGUACUAGUAAAAAGUGUAUUUUUUGAAUUCAUUAUUCACUCGGGUAGACUUUCAGUUAGUACCGUUCUAAAGUCGUGUUUCAAGACCAAAUUUAUACGCGACAGGACGAGAGGGUUGAUUGAGGGUCAGUUUUAAAUAUAACUUGAGUCACAUCAGCAGAUCGGUACUCGUCUGAAUUAGUGCACGGUCACCAGGGUUUUAUAGAGGCCCUGUUUGGGGUUUUAGCAGGAGUAAGGUAUAACCGGCCAAAAUAUUUUUAAGAUAGAUUAUUUUAAAAAUAAAUCCUAGGGAUAGCCAAAAAUGGUGGAUUUAGGGAUAACGGGAACUAUAAUCAUUAAGAUGAUAAAUACUUCAACCCCCUUAAUUGGGACCGGAUAGUUUUGAAUGAACGUUUAUUAAACUUUGCUGCAUGUAUUCGGCCAAAUAUAGUGACAAAAGGGUCAGUUAAAAGUUUGUAAAAAAUAUUUAAUUUUCUCCUCAAGGUGUGCGUAUGGAAGUUAUUGAAUCCAAACAGGCAUUCCUAUUUAGUUUGGUCAAUCCAUUUGGGACGGAGCCUGUUCGAAUACCCGCAGACGAAAAGGAGAGCGGUUGUGUUAUUGCCUGUAAAAAGUCGCUUGGGCCAUCGUUUGGACAAGACUACUGGUCAGAAAAAUACCUACACAUUUCAAAUAAUGCGCAGUCAUCUCGAUCAAGUUAUAGUCGUCUACGAGAAAAAUUUUCGUGUCCUGGAGGAAAACAAGGAGAUUUGUUCUUCACGGGUACUAAAGAUUUUACCGUCGAUGAUUAUGAAGUGUUUGAAUUUUACUAG